AUGGAUAGGAAAAAUGAGAAUACACAAAUUUAUAAUAUAUAUAAAUGGGUUUUUAAGAAAUUAAAAUUUUCUUAUAAAGAUGAAUAUAGUAUUGAUUAUUUAAUAGAUAACAACAUCGAAGAAAAAAAAAACAUUAUUGAGAAUUUUAUUUGUAAUGAAAAAGAUGACAUAUUGUUAUUUGGUGUAGAAAAUAAUAAGAUGGUGAUGGUAAAAGAAGAAAAUAUAAAAUUUAAUCAAAAAAUAGUAUAUUUUUAUAAAUAUUUAAAUGAUGGAAUUAAAGAUGAAAGCAAAAUGUUAUAUGGUAUUUUAUCUCCAAAUAUAUUAGAUACAUUAAAACUAAUGCUAAAAAAUGUAAUGUAUCCAUUAUUUCUUAAUAAUAGAAUAAUAUAUGAAAGUAUUUCAACAGAUGAAAUAAAUAAAUUCACAAUGGAAUUUGAUACAUAUAUUAAGGAAUUGAACGAAUUUAUUUUUAUUCUGGAAGACAUAAAGAAGGUUAAGUUAAAAAUGAAAAAAGAACAUGAGAUGAUUUGCGAAAGUAAUAGUGAUAUAAAUGAAAAUGAUAGUGAAAUUUCUAUUAAGCAAUAUAAUAAAAAAGUAAAUGAAAUAGAAAAUAAAAUACAAAAGAAAAAAAGUGAAACAAUUCAUCUAACAAAAUAUUUAAAUAUAUUAGAAAAUUUAUUUAAUGACAUGCAACAAAAAAUACAGCAAUAUAAAGAAUCAAAUGCCGAUGUUGGUCCUUUUAUAGAGAUACAAUAUUGGAGAUACAAACAUAGAUAUUUAUUAUUCAUUAUCGAAGAGUUAAGAAGUAAUGAAAUUAAGAAUAUAAUAAAUAAUAUAAAUAUAAAUAGCUCAAAUAACGAAGAACAAAAAUAUACAUACACGUUUGAUAUAUUAAACAAAUGGAGAGAAUUAGAAACAAAAAUUGAAAAUGAAUUUAACGAGAGUAAAGAUAAUAUUAAAUAUUUAGAAAGUGUUGAACAAUUUAUUUUAUCAUUAUAUUUAUGCAAUGUGGAGAACAUUAUAGAUAACAUCCCUUCUCUUUUGAAUUCUAUUAAAAUGAUUUACUUAGUUGCACGUUUUUAUAACACACCUAAUAAACUCAAUAAUUUGUUCAUUAAAAUUACAAACCAAAUAGUCAUUAAAUGUAAAGAAGAAAUUUUAUGUGCUAAAAAAAAAAAGAAGAAUAAGAAAAAAGUCCCAAAAAACAAAAGAAAGGGCAAAAUAAAAGAAAAUGAAUAUGAAGAUACAAAAUCAGAGGGAAAUAAACAAAACUUUGACAAUAGUAAUGAUCAAGAAUACAUAAACAACACGGAAAAUAAUGAUGUUAAUUUUAAUAAAAAUUUAGAUAAUAAUGAAGAUGAUUAUGAGGAAAUGUAUAAAAAAGAGAAAAAUAAUUGUAGAUAUAUGAAUUAUGGAAAUGACAAUAAUGAGGAUUGUUUCUAUCAGGUAGAUGAUGAUAGUGAUGAGUCUGAUGAUCAAGAGAAUGAAGAUAAUGAACAUUUCAAUAAUAAAUUAAGUGAAAGAGAAGAAAGUGAUUACAACAUGAAAAAUAAAAAUAUGAAUAUUAGAAUGGAUAAGUUAAAAAAUAAGCAAAAUUUAUGGCUUCUAGACCCUGAUAAUUUAAUAGAAAAAUUUGAAUUAUGCUUUAAGUUAUAUGAUAAGUAUAAAGAAGAAUUUGAAAAUAUAAAAACCUUUUUUGAAAAUAAUUCUAAAAACAAAUCUAUUGAUUUAAAUACUAAAGUUAUAUUUUGUAAGAUAGAAAUUUUCUGUAGGCGCCUAAAAAAAUUAGUAGAUUUAUUUCUAUGCAUAAAACAAUUUAAAAACUUAAGAAAAGUAAAGUUUGAUUGCGUACAAAAUAUAACAACUACAUUUAAUAAAUAUAUAAAAGAAUUUAAAUUAAAGCAUACAGACGAUAUGCUAAAUUAUAAUGAUAAUUAUUUUGAUAGAGAUUUUGUAGAGUUAAGAGUUUAUAUAUCAGAAUUAGAAAGCGAUUUACAAGAAAACAUAGUUAAUUUGUUAAAUAAUAGUUCAAAUAUUAUGCUUUCUUUUUUUAUAUUUUUCAAAUUUAAGAAAUGCUUCAUAAGAGAUUAUCUCAUUCACUUUUUGAAUACCAAAUAUGACAUUCUACUAUUGCAAUUUCUAGAAAUUUUAAAUUGUAUCAAUAAUGAUUUAGAAAACUAUAAAAAUAAUUUAAAUUUAAGCAAAAGUGUAAAUUAUUUAAAAAAUAUUUUUUGGAUUCUUAGUAUUAACUAUAAAAUAAAACACAUAAUUAAAAUAUUCUUAGAUGAAAAUAGCAAUAAAGAGGAUAGUAAUGAUUCAUCUUAUUUUGAAUUACCACAUUUAAAUAAUUCAAAUAGGAAAUUAAGCAUUAAUAACAAAAAAGAAAAAUCAUGUAAAAUUAGUACAAAUGAAGAUGAUGUGAAUACAAAUAAUAGUAUAAAUAAUACUAAUAACAUAAAUGAUCAAAUUUUAAAAUUAUUAGACGAUCAUGAAAAAAAAAAAACAGACGAUAUGAAAAUAUUAUUAUCAGAAGAAAAUAACAAAGAUAAUACAAGAGAUAUGGGAAAAGAAAAAGAAAAAAAAAAAAAAAAUAUUCUACUAAAAAGUUCUAAUGGAAAAGAAGUGCUGAAAUUAUACAUAAAAAUUACCAAGUUUAUAGAAGAAUAUAAAAAUAAAUUAUUUAAACAUUGGUUAGCUUAUUCAAAAAAUAUUAAUAGUUUAAAUGUUACUGUUUUUGUUAAACAUCCUAAAACAAAAAAUGUUAUCGUUAAUUUUGACCAUAGAAUCAAACGAGUAAUAAGAGAAGCAAAAAUAUUUAUGUCUUUCAAUUUUGAAAUACCAGAUGAAAUAAAAAAUAUGAUUUCACAAGAAACUAAAAUAUACAGUUAUUACUAUAAGUUAUAUAAUAUAUUAAUAUUAAUAAAAAAAUUGAAAAGUAAUAAAAAAAAAGACAUGGAUUUAACUUUAAAAAAUUUUUACGCAUAUAUUGAUAAAUUAAUAUUACCUUUUUUAGUUAAAUAUACAUGGAAUAAUUAUGCACUUGAAGAUUCCAUUGAUAAUUUAUAUAAUGAAAUAAAAUAUUUUGAAGAAACUAUAAAAUCUCUGUAUGACAUAAUAGACGAUCAUAUUAAUUACAAUAUAAAGCUACUUUUUAAAAUUUUAGACUUUAAAAAUGAAAAGUUAAUUAUAGAUAAACAAAAAAAAAAGUUUAAUAAAAGAAUUGUUAUUUGUAAUUCUAUUUCUAAAAAAAUUCAAAUUGCAAUUUUUGAUGUCUUAAGUAAUAUACAAUAUGUUUAUGAAAAUAAAUUAAAAAGUAAUAUUAUGAAAGAAGAAAUAAUUUAUACAAGAAAUUUUUAUUAUGAAAUAUUUAUAUCAAGUAUUAAAAAAAUAUAUCUUAAAAAUAUUAAAGGUUUAAUUAAUACAUGGUCAAAUUUUGAGAAAGGUGAAAAAAAUGAAAUAAAAAAUGAAAUGGAAAUUUUGAUAUUAAUUCACGAAAAUGAUAUUGUUGUAAAUCCAUCUAUAAAAAGUAUAAAGGAAAAUAUUAAAAAAAUUAUAAAUGUUUCUAUAAAUAAUUUAAUUUAUAUAGAUAAUUGGAUAACUAGUGAUGAACUAAUAAAACAGUUUCAUAAGGAAGACGAUAAUAAAACAUGUGAUGAAAUAAAAAGUAGUAAUCUUUCUUUGAAAGAAAAUAAUAAAGAACAUACAAACAAAAAAAACAUAUUUGAAGAACUACUUGAUUUCUCUUUUUUCUCUAAAAAAAAUAUGAAAGAAUCAGGAAAUAAACUAGACGAUUUAGAUAUGGAAAAUGAAAACUGUGUUAAUAAUUUAAAAUUUCAAUUCAAUUUUUAUGAUCAAAUAAAAGAGGAUAAAAAUAUUGAAAAAGAAUUAAUAAAACUUAAUGAUAAAUUAUCUGUAUUUCAAAAUAUCGUUGAUAAUUUUAUUCUAAAAUUUGAGAAAUAUAAAUAUAUAAUAAAAAAUUUUGAACUAGAGAAAAACAAAGAAAAAUCAAAUAAUAGCGAAAACAGUCAAAUAGAAAAAAACAAAAUAAUGUUGAAAAAUGCAGUAUUGGAUGUUGAAAAUUAUAUGAAUGAUAAAAUUGAAGAUCAAGAAAAAGAAAACAAUUUAUUUAAUUUUACUACAAAUGAAGAAGAAUUAGAAAAUAUGAACGUUAAUGAUAAAACAAAUGAUAAAGAAGAAGAUAAUGACAAUGACAAUGACGAAGAGGAUUCUAAUAACAGCUCUGAUAUGGAAAAUGAAUAUGAUUAUAAACAUUAUAAAGAAGAAGAAGAAAAAAUAAGACAAUAUAUUAACAUAAAAAAAGAAAUAAAUAAUAUAGAGAGUUUUUAUGUAUUAAAUGUAUUUAAAUUUAAUUUGGAGAGUUUUAAGAUGUAUUUAAUAAACAUAAUUGAAAAUGAGACAUUAGAGUGUGCAAAUAAAAUUAUUGCACCUAUAAAAAAAAAAAGUGAUUUAUUAAUAAAAAAAAUGAACACUUAUAAAGUUAAAUUGAAAAAGAAAAUAAUAGAUAUAGAUUCACUCUAUUAUGUAAUAAAUAUAAUAAAAAAAGUGCACAUUUUUGAAUCAACUAUUGAUAUAGAGCUAAAACCCAUAAACGAAAUGUUAGAUAUACUGGAAUUUUAUAUGACUAACUUUUUAAAAAAACAAAUUGAUUCUUUAAGAAGUUCUAACCAGUAUGAUGAUGAAGAAAAUUAUCAGUUAAAAUUUAUAAAUAAGAUAGAAAAAAAAAAGUCAUGUAAUGAAUUAUACAAAUUAGAUGAGUCUUAUAAUAAAAAUCUGCUUAACACAUUUAAUAAAUUAAAUUUAAUGAAAAAAAAUUUUAUAGUAUUGUACAAAUUUGAAGUCGAAAAAAAAAAUGUAAUUUUAACUAAAUUUAACGAACUUAUAUCCUUAACAAAAAAAGUGGAGGAAGAAAUACAAGAAAAAAAAAAUUGCAUGAAAAAUGAUUUAAUAAAUAAUAUAUAUACUUUUAAAACAGAUAUAAAAAUAUUUAGAGAAAAUUUUUUAAAAAUGAAUUUUAAAAGUGAAAAUAUAAACCCUUUAAAUGCCUUCGAAUUAUUAAAAAGAUAUAAAGAAGAAAUAAGUAUGUUGAAGAAAAAAUAUAAUAGUUAUUAUAAAGGAGAGUCAAUUUUUGGUUUAAAACAUCAACCUCAUUCUGAUUUAUUUUUAAGUACAACUGAAAUCAAUAAUUUUUAUUCCCUAUAUGAUCUAUAUGUUCAAUUAAAAGAAAAAUUGAAUGAAUGGAAAAACUUAAAAUGGAAUGAUGGAAUAAUAAAAAUGAAAGAAUUAAAAAGUGAAAUAUUGUCUUUUGAAAAAAAGUGCUCUCAACUACCUAAAAAUUUAAAAACAACAGUAAUUUAUAAAAAUCUAAUAAAAGAAAUUUUUCAUUUUAAAGAAAUAACACCAGUAGUUGAUGAAUUAGAAAAAAAGACAAUUUUGAAAAGACAUUGGAUAGAGAUAAUUAGUGUAUUAAAAGAAAAAAAAAAAAAAGAUACCAACACAAAAGAAAAAAAGAUAAAAAAAAUAUAUAAAAGCAGCGAAAAAAUAAAUCAAAAGGAAAAGGGAGAAAAUAAAGAAGACAAUAAUUUAAUUCAAGAAAAGGGACAAUCAGAAGCUAAAAAUUUAAAACAAACAGAAACGUUAGAUAAAGAUAAAAUGUCUGAGGAACAGAAUAAUUUGCAAGACAAUGAAUUGAAAAACAAUACAAAUAAUCAAGAAAAUGAAAUUAAACAAGAAAAUGAAAAUAAACAAGAAAAUGAAAUUAAACAAGAAAAUGAAAAUAAACAAGAAAAUGAAAUUAAACAAGAAAAUGAAUAUAACAAGGAAAAUGAAAAUAACAAGGAAAUUGAAAAUAAACAAGAGAAUGAAAUUAAACAAGAAAAUGAAAAUAAACAAGAAAAUGAAAAUAAACAAGAAAAUGAAAAUAAACAAGAAAAUGAAAAUAACAAGGAAAUUGAAAAUAAACAAGAAAAUGAAAAUAAACAAGAAAUUGUGAAGUUAGAUGAAGGGAAGGCAUUAUAUCAUAAUAAAUAUUUAGAUGUUCCUGGUGAAAUAGACAAAAAGGAAAAUUCCUUUCAAAGUGGGUUAUUAGAUGAAAAUGCAUAUUUAGAUGAAGAUGAAUAUAUAAAUAAUUUAAAUAAACUAGAUUUAGAUAAUAUGGAUUUUUUUAUUAAAGAUAUUAUAAAUUAUCAUUUAUUAAAAAAGAAAGAUGAUAUAUUAGACAUUUGUGAUAGUGCAGAAAAAGAAGCAAGUAUCGAAGAAAAGAUAAAUGAACAAUAUAAGAUAUGGAAUGAAACAUGCUUUCAAUUUAGCAAAUGGAAAAAUAGGGAUUAUGCGUGUAUACUAGUUGGAAGUAAAGUUAUUGAAAUACAAGAGAGUUUAGAAGAGAGUCAAAUUCUAUUAAAUAAUAUAAAUUCAACAAAAUAUAGCAAACCAUUUAAAAAUAAAUUAUUACUGUUAUUAAAUAAAUUAUCUGAUUGUAGUGAUAUUGUUGAAAGAUGGAUAAAGGUACAAAUGUUAUGGUGUUCUAUGGAAAGUGUAUUUACCAGUGGAGAUAUAGCAAGGCAGAUGCCAAUUGAAUCAAAGAGAUUUCAUCAGAUUGAUAAAGACUGGAUAAAUAUAAUUAAUAUAGCUAACGAAUCUUCCAUUGUAAUUGAAUGUUGUCAAAGUAGUAUGCUAAAGGAGUUACUACCAAAUAUGCAAAAAGGAUUAGAGAGUUGUCAGAAAUCUUUAGAGUCUUAUUUAGAAGGAAAAAGAAGCAAAUUCCCUCGCUUUUAUUUUGUAUCUAAUUUAGUAUUAUUAAAAAUAUUAUCUCAAGGAUCAGACAUCAAUAUAAUACAAUCAGAAUUAAUAAAAUUAUUUGAUGCAAUAAACUACUUGACAAUAAAAACUAUACAAAAUAAAAAAAGAAUAAUAUGCAUAAAUAAUAAAGAAAAAGAUGAUAUAGAAACAGUACAGUUAGUAAAUCAUGUAACUAUUGAUGGUAAUAUUGAAAACUGGUUAAUUUUAUUAGAAAAAGAAAUGCAAAAAGCAAUAAAAAAAGAAUGUAAAAUUGGUGUAGCUAGUUCUUCUCAAUUAUUCAAAACACUUAAUUUAAAAGAAUUCUGUGAUAAAAAUAUAGCUCAAGUUGCAUUAAUAUGCUUACAGGUUAUGUGGACUAAUGAUAUAGAAAAAUGCAUAAAUAAAUAUCAUACAGAAAAAAAUAUAUUAAAAGUAACUAACAAAAAAAUUAAUUAUAUAAUGUCUGAACUAGUAAAUAUAUGCUUAUCUGAUUUAGGUACCAAAUUAAAUAGAACCAAAUACGAAACUUUAGUUACUAUACAUGUGCAUCAGAGAGACUUGUUUAGUGAAAUUUCUACUAAAAUAAAAGAACAUAAAAUUAAAACAUGUACAGAUUUUGAUUGGAUAAAGCAAACAAGGAUCUAUUAUAAAGUGGAAAAAAAUAUAAUUUUAAUUAGCAUAUCCGAUGUAGACUUUAUAUAUUCUUAUGAAUAUCUAGGUAUAAAAGAAAGAUUAUGCAUAACUCCAUUGACGGAUAGAUGUUAUUUAACUUGUGCUCAAGCUUUAGGUUUAUGCUAUGGAGGAGCACCAGCUGGACCAGCAGGAACUGGGAAAACAGAAACAGUAAAAGAUUUGGGAAGAACUUUGGGUAUUUAUGUAAUUGUAACAAAUUGUUCAAAUCAGCAUAAAUACAAAGAUAUGGCAAAAAUAUUCAAAGGACUAUGUAGAAGUGGAUUAUGGGGAUGUUUUGAUGAAUUUAAUAGAAUUAAUUUAGAUGUUUUAUCUGUUGUUGCUAUGCAGAUUGAAUCGAUUGUAACCGCAAAAAAACAAUCAUUAAAAUAUUUUUUAUUUCCUGGAGACUCAAAAUCAAUUAAUUUAAACCCUUCAUCAGCUUAUUUUAUCACUAUGAAUCCUGGCUAUGCUGGUAGACAAUUAUUACCAGAAAAUCUAAAAAUAUUUUUUAGAUUUAUUUCCAUGAUGGUUCCAGAUAGGCAAAUUAUAAUUAAGGUUAAAUUAGCAUCUGUUGGAUAUUUAGAUAUUGAUAAUUUAAGUAACAAAUUUAAAUCUUUAUAUAAUUUAUGCGAAGAACAAUUAUCAAAGCAAAAACAUUAUGAUUUUGGUUUAAGGAAUAUCUUGUCUGUUUUGCGUACUGCAGGAGAUACAAAAAGAUCAGCAGGGGCAAGUGAAAACGAUGAGGAAAUGUUAUUAAUGCGUACUUUAAGAGAUAUGAAUUUAUCAAAAUUAAUAUAUGAUGAUGUACUUUUAUUUUUAUCUUUAUUAAACGAUGUUUUUCCAAAAUUUCAUAACAUAACAAAAAAAAGUUAUCAGUUAAUAGAAGAUAAUGUAUUACAAAUUAUCAAGAAAAAAAAAUUAUGUGCAAAAAAUAAAUGGAUAUUAAAAAUCUUACAGUUAUAUGAAACAUCCUUAGUUCGCCAUGGUUUCAUGUUAGUUGGUAAUACUUUGACAGGGAAAACAGAAAUAUUAAAUAUUUUAACUGCUGCAUUAACAAAUAUAGGCACUGUUACAAAAAUUAUUACUUUAAACCCAAAGGCAAUAACUUCUGAACACAUGUAUGGAGUUAAAGAUAAUUUAAGUGAAGAAUGGACACCAGGUAUAUUUGCAAAUAUAUGGGAAAAAUAUAACAAUAACAAUUUAAAAUAUGACACAUGGAUAGUAUGUGAUGGACCUGUUGAUGCAAUAUGGAUAGAAAAUUUGAACACUGUCUUAGAUGAUAAUAAAAUAUUAACAUUAGCUAAUAAUGAUAGAAUUCCAAUGACUGAUAAUACAAAAAUAGCUUUUGAAGUGGAAAAUUUAAAUAACGCUUCCCCUGCUACUGUUAGCAGAACAGGAAUAGUAUAUAUUUCUGAUGGUGAUUUAGGAUAUAAGCCUUUUAUUUAUAGCUGGUUACAAAAAUUAAAGGAUGUAAAUACCUAUGGAGUUUCAUUAUUCCCAAUAUUUAAUAAAUUAUUCAUGUUUUAUUUAGACAAAAUUCAAAUUUUACAUUUUUUGAAAAAUAAUUGCAAAUUUGUAAUGGAGAUAACAGAUUCUAUUCUAAUUUUGCAAACAAUUAAUUUAUUAAAUUCUCUAUUAGUUCAGUAUAUUAAUUCAAUAAACAAUUUUAUGUACAAUGAAGAAGAUUUACAUAAAAUAUUUUUUUUUGAUUCUAAUGAAAAAAAAUUAUUGAAUAAAAAUGAGAAAUAUGUAAAACAUCACACUGAAAAUAACUGUAUAGAAAAUUCUGAAAACACUUUAUCUGCAAAAAUUAAAAAGAGCGAAGAAAUAGAUACAAUGAAAACAAAAGAACAUAUACCAACUGGGGAAAAAAAUAAAAACACAAACCGAAUAAAUGAUACAAAAAAUAAUACACUAAAUGAUUCUACUAAGAAACAUUUAUUAAGUACAGGAAACGUAAAGCAAGAUUUACAAAAUAAAGAAGGAAAUGAGAAGGAAAAAGGGGAAAAAAAAAGAAACGAAGAAAAUGAAAAACAUGAAGAAAAUGAACAUAAUGAAGAGGAGGAGGAUGGUGAAAAAACGGAUAAUAUAAAUAAUCGUGUUCUUAUAUCUGAAACAAAAAAUGAGCAAAUAAAAGUAGAGGAAUGUGAAGAAAUAAUGUUAUAUUCUAUUGUUUGGGGAUUAUGUGGCUUGUUGGAAUACAAGGAUAGACUAAAAGUUCAUAACUUUUUAUUGAAAAAUGUUCCAAUAUUAAAAAACAUUUUGGGUAAUAAAAUUAUUUCAAAGGAAAGGAAAAAUGAUGAUAUAUUAAAAAAAGAGAGUGAAAUAAAAAUUAAGGAUAUUGAAAAAGCAGAUACAUUAAGUGAUAAAGAACUAGAUGAAUUUGAAAAUGACAAUAGCUGCUUAAUUUACGAUUUUUAUUUUGAUAUGAAAUUAAAAAAAUUAGUUAAAUGGGAUAUACCACCAUUUAAGAUGCCAAGAAAUAUGAAGUCUAUAUCCUCUAUAUUGAUACCAACAAUAGAAACUAAUAAAAUUGAGCACAUUAUAAAGUUGAUAUCUAAUAUACCUAUUAAAUGCUACAAUUUCCACACCUAUAAAAGUACCUUGUUAUUAGGUUCUACUGGUUCAGCAAAAACGUCUAUAGCUUUAUUGUAUACAUCGAAACAAGAUAAAAAUACUAAAAGGUUUAAUUUUUCUAGUGUUACAACCCCAGAAAAGUUUCAAUUAUUUAUUGAAUCAGAAUUAGAAAGAAAAACAGGUAAAACAUAUGGUCCAAUUGGAAAUACAAAAUCGAUUAUUUUUAUUGAUGAUAUGUCUAUGCCAAAGAUUAAUGAAUGGGGAGAUCAAAGUACAUUAGAAUUAUUAAGGCAACUGAUUGAAUUUCAAGGUUUUUACUUUUUAGAUAAGGAUAAAAGAGGAAAUUUUAAAAAAAUUAUUGAUUUAGAAUACAUAGGAUGUAUUAAUCAUCCUGGAUGUGGCAAUAACGAUAUACCCAAAAGAUUAAAAUCUAAAUGGUUUAAUGUAAAUAUUCUUCCAUAUAAUUUAAAUUCCAUAAAUACUAUAUAUGGAACAGUAUUAAGAACCAAGUUUAACACAAAGAAAAAAUUUUCUAAUGAAAUUGUUGAUAAUAUUGAUAAAAUAAUUUUAUGUACGAUUAAUUUAUUUGGAAAAUUAAAAAAACAUCUGUUACCAGUUCCUUCACGUUUUCAUUAUUUAUAUACAACAAGAGAUUUGGCAAAGAUAUUUUAUUCCAUGUUGCUAUGCCCUUUUGAAACUAUUCAAAAUAAUUUGUAUAAUUUCUUAUGCUUAUGGAAACAUGAAUGUGAAAGGGUUUUAAUUGAUAAGUUAUCACGAAUGGAAGAUAAAAAAUUUUCAUUAGAUCAAUUAAAACUAAUUUUUGAAAAGUAUUAUCCUUCUUAUAAAGAAAUUGCUGAAAAAAAUAUAUAUUUCAGUUAUUUUUAUGUAUCAGAAAAGGAACAACAAAAUUACAUGAUAGAAAAUGAUUUAAUCGAAAAUGUAGGCCCAGAGCAAAAAAAUGGUAAUAAUAAUAUGGAUUGUAAUAAAAAUACAUCUAACGUAGUAGAUAAUAAAAAUCAAUUUGAUAAAGAUAAUUCUGAAAAUAUAAAUAUUAUAAGUAAUGAAAAUAUUUUAUUUAGUGGGAAUAACAUACAAAAUAAAAAUAAUAAUUUGGAUAAUAAGGAGAUAAUAACAAAUGAUGAAAAUAACGAUGAUAAUUCUAACAAUUUUUCUUUUUCAUGGAUGAAGAAAGAUUAUAAAAUUGUUGAAGAUUUUGAAAGAUUAAGAUUUAUUGCUUAUGAAUAUAUGAAAGAAUAUAAUGUAAAUAAUGUAAAAAAAUUAGAUCUUGUUUUUUUUGAUGAUUCUUUAAAACAUCUAAUAAUUAUAAAUAGAAUUAUGCAAACUCCAAAGGGAUCAAGCAUGCUUGUAGGAGUAGGAGGAUCAGGAAAAAGAUCAUUAACAAAACUUAGUGUUUUUAUAAGUGAGCAAGUGUUAUUUCAGCUUAACAUAACUAAAACUUAUACUAAAAAUUUAUUUUUUGAAGAUCUAAAAAGUUUAUAUAUAUCAGCUGGUCAAAUGAAUAAAAAGACUACGUUUUUGUUAAGUGAUAGUGAUAUAGAAAAAAAUGAUUUUAUAUUGGAACAUGUAAACUCUAUUCUAUCAACUGGUUUGGUUUAUGGACUAUUUAUUAAAGACGAAAAAGAAGCUAUUUGUGCUGAAAUGAAAGAAUCUUACUUAAAAGAAAUGAACAAAUCUAAUCAAUCAUCAAAAUUGAAAGGAGGAAAAAAAAAAAGAAAAGAUAAUUAUAAUUUGGAUGAUAUAGAAAUGGAAAAUAAUUCGAAAGAUUCUGAUGUAAAAAGUGAUGAAUCAUCAUUAAGUAGUAUUGAAAAUAAUAGUGAUAGUAUGAGUAACGAAAAACAUAAGAAAAAAAAGGAUGAAAAAGUUAUAAAUGACUUUAAUGUUUCAUCUAAUGUAAUUUUUGAUUACUUACUAGAUAACUUUCGCAAUAAUCUUCAUAUAUUUUUAUGCUUUUCUCCAAUUCACAAAGAAUUUGCAUUAAGAUAUCAACAGUUUCCAUGUAUAUAUAAUUGUGUGACUAUAAAUUGGUUUUUGAAAUGGCCUUUAGAAGCUCUUGUUAAUGUGUCCACUGCUUACUUAAAUAAUUUUAAUAUUGAUAUAGAAGAAAAAUUGAAAAAUGAUUUUUUUAAUUUAUUCGCUAUUGUACACAAUAAAGUUUCUGAAACUUGUGAAAAUUAUAAAGAACGAAUGAGAAGAAAUACUUAUGUAACUCCUAAAUCAUAUUUAUCUUUCAUUGAUUUGUACAAACAAAUGUACGUUAAAAAAUAUGAAGAAAUAAAAUUUUUAAAAGAGAGUGUAGAUAUAGGUUUAAAAAAAUUAAAUGAAGCUGCUAUGGAUGUUCAAAAAAUGAGAGAAAGUCUAACGUCAGAAGAAGAAAAAUUAAAGGAAUCUGAUGAACAAACUAAUAUAUUACUUGAAAAAGUAAAAAACGAAUCUUUAAAAGCAGAAAAACAAAGUAUAGAAGUUUCUAAGUUUAGAGACAAAUGUAUAAAAGAAAAGGAUGUCAUUUUAAAAGAACAAGAAGAAGCAGAUAAAGAUUUAAAAGCGGCAUUACCAUAUUUGCAUGAAGCAGAAGAAGCAAUUAAAAGUAUAACAGCAAAAGAUAUAACAGAAUUAAAAAGUAUGAAAACUCCAUCUGAUAUUAUAAGAAUUGUUUUUGAUGGUGUAUUAAUAUUACUACAAGGAAAGUUAAAAGAACCAAAAAUUGAAAUAAAAUAUGUAAAUAAACAACACGUAGAAUUUAUACAUGAUUCUUUUGAUGAAUAUGCGAAACCAUUAAUGGCGGAUAUUAGAUUUUUAAAUUUGUUAUUUGAUUUUUCUAAGAAUGAAAAAGAUAACAUUAAUGAAGAAACUAUUGAGCUUUUAAAACCUUAUAUUGAUUCUAAUUUUUUUAAGACACAAAUAGCUAAAAAAGCUUCAGUUGCAGCAGAAGGAUUAUGUAAGUGGGUAGGUGCUAUGGCUAUGUAUCAUCAAGCAUCAAAAAUUGUGAAACCAAAAAUGAGCUAUUUAAAAAUCCAAACAGGAAGAUUAGAAGAUGCUUUAAAACAGUUAGCAGAAGCAGAAGAUUCCCUAUUAAAAGCACAACUGUUUGUUGAUAAUCUAAAUCUAGAUAUAGAAAAUAUGUUUAAAAAAAAAAAAACUUUAGAAGAAACAGCCUUAAAAACAAAACAAAGAAUUGAACAAGCUAAUAAAUUAAUUAAUGGAUUAGCUAGUGAAAAGGCAAGAUGGACAGAAGAUUCUAAUAAUUUUUCUAAUAUUAAAAAAAAAAUCGUUGGAGAUGUUUUUAUUUGUUCUUCUUUUAUCUCAUAUUGUGGUAUGUUCAACACAGAAUUUAGAAAUUUUCUUAUAAAUGAUGUUUUUUAUCAUUAUACAAAAAAUAUAAAAAACAUACCUGUUUCUUCUAAUAUUGAUGUAAUUAAAUAUGUACUUUCCUCUGAUGAUACAAAAAUAUGUGACUGGAGUGUUCAAAAAUUACCUAAUGAUAAAUUAAGUAUAGAAAAUGCAUUGAUAUGUGAAAACACUAAUAAAUAUGUUUUACUUAUAGAUCCUCAAUGCCAAGCAAGCAAUUGGAUAAAAAACAAAGAAUUUCAAAACGAUUUAUCAAAUCAGAGAUGUAUCACUACUUUCAGUAGCAGCAAAUUUAAGGAUAAUUUAGAAUUUUGUUUAAGUGAAGGAAAAACAUUAUUAAUUGAAAAUGUAGAAGAAUAUAUUGAUCCUAUAUUAGAUUCUGUUUUAGAAAAACAAAUUAUAAAGAAAGGGAAAAAAAAUUACAUAUUAAUAGAAAAUAAUUUAAUUAUUUUUGACGAAAACUUUAAUUUAUUUAUGACUACCAAUUUACCUAAUCCCAAUUAUAGCCCUGAAAUUUAUGCUAAAUGUUGUGUUAUCGAUUUUACUGUUACUGUUAAAGGAUUAGAAGACCAGUUAUUAGGUAGAGUAUUAACUGAAGAACAAAAACAUUUGGAAAUAUCAUUAAAAAAUAUAAUGAUAGAACUCAAAGAUAAUACUAAAUCGUUGCAAGACUUAGAUAAACAACUAUUAUAUAAAUUAAAUACUAGUAGUUCUAAUUUAAUAGAAGAUGAAGAAUUAAUAGAAGUUUUAAAUAACACAAAGUUACUGUCAAAAGAAUUAGAAACCAAAUUAAGAGAUAGUAAUGAGAAGAAAAAAGAAAUAAAUGAAAAAAGAGAACAAUAUAGAAGUGUAGCCUUAAGAGGAAGUAUAUUAUAUUUUUGUAUUGUAGAUAUAACCAAUGUAAAUUAUAUAUAUAACACAUCAUUACAUCAAUUUCUUGAACAGUUUGAUUUAGCAAUCAAAAGAGCAGAAAAAGGACAACACAUAAAAAAACGGGUUGAAUCAAUAUUAUCUACAUUAACUAACUUAAUAAUUAGUUACAUGGAGAGAUGCUUAUUUGACCAACAUAAAAUAAUUUUCAAAUUAUUAAUAUCUUUAAAAAUAUUAUUAUAUGACAAUAUAAUAAGUAAUAAGGAUAUAAGUUUUUUUUUAAAUCCUCUAUCCCAUUACAAUCCAUCAAACGAUAUAAAUAGAGAAUUAUUAAACAGCAAUUUAUUAAAUGACCAUACGGACGGUCUAAAAAAGAAAGAGAAAAAAGAAAAUAUAAUGAAUGAUACUAUAGGUUCUUACUUAAAUACAAGUGAAAAAAUGAACCCUAAUGAAAAUGAAAAAAAUGCAAAGCAAACAAAUAUUACAGCUAAUAAUAAUGUUAGCAAAUAUAAUAUUGCUAAUAUAGGUAUAGAUAAUAGUGUUAAUAAUAAGAAUAAAAUAGAUUUACAUAGAAAAGGUUGUAAAGGAAAAGUAAGUUCUACAAAAUGGUUAUUUAAAAAUGAAAAAUUAUAUAAAAAUAUUGUUUCUUUAUCUAACCAUUCUUUUGGAAAUGAUAAAAAUAAUCGUUUUUUCUAUGAUAUAUUAAAUGUUAUACAAUUAAAUGAGAAUACGUGGAAAAAUUAUUAUGAUGUACUAGAUAUAGAAAAUAGAAAUAUCCCUUAUUAUAAUGAGCGCUUAGAUGUAAAUAGUAAAAUAUGCUCAUUUAUUAAGUUGUGUUUAAUAAGAUGCUUGAGAGAAGAUAGAACUAUACUAUGUGCAAAUAAAUUUGUAGAUGAAGUGUUAAAUAGAAAUAGUGAUACUAUAAAACACGAAACAUUAGAAAAUAUAUUUUCUGAAUCAAGUAAUAGAAAGCCCUUUUUGUUUUUAUUGUCUUUAGCUAGCGAUCCUACAAAUAUGAUAGAUGAUUUUGCAAAAAAAUUCAAAAAAUAUCCUACAGACAAAAUAUCUAUGGGAGAGGGACAAGAAAUUUUAGCAAAAGAAAAAUUAAAAAAUGCACUAAUAAGUGGUAAUUGGUUAAUAUUGCAAAAUUGUCAUUUAAAUAAAAAUUUUAUAAUUGAGGUUUAUAAUAUGCUAAAAAAAUUAAAUGAUAUUGAAGAAGAUUUCCGUUUAUUUUUAACAUCAGAACCAGAUGACGAAUUUCCUAUUUGUAUUUUACAUGGAAGUAUUAAAAUAUCUACAUCUUUAAGCAGUGGAAUCAAAAACAAUAUGAGAAAAAUACAUAAAGAUAUAAUAAAGGAAGAUAUAUUAGAUAAAAUUGAUGAUGAAAAGUAUAGGAAAAUUAUUUAUUCAUUAUCUUAUCUUCACUGUGUAUUGUGCGAACGAAAAAAAUUUGGGCCUCUAGGUUGGUGUGUUCCUUAUGAAUUUAGCAUAACUGAUUUAUUCGCUUCUUUCUUAUUUAUUGAAAAACAUUUAUACUCCACAUUAUUAGUAAAUAGACCAAUUGAUUGGGAAUCUAUUCAUUAUAUGUUAGCAGAAGUUCAAUACGGGGGAAAAGUAACAGAUGAUUUAGAUCGUGAAUUAUUAUUAACAUAUGUUCAAUAUUAUUUUAGUGAAGAUUUAUUUAAAGCCAAAAAUGAAAUAAAUUCUGAAUAUUUAAAUAUGCCUAAAUUUUUUGAAAUUACUAAUUUUAAAAAUUUUAUUGAAAAAUUGCCAAAUAUUGAUACACCGUCAGUUCUAGGUUUACAUAAUAAUGCUGAAAUAACUUAUCGUGUGAAUGAAACAAGACAGGUUUUAAAUUCUAUUUUAGAAAUUCAACCAAGAGAUGUAGAUCAAGGUGAAGAAAAAAGUAUGGAAACUGUAGUGAAAGAAAUCACUCUAGGAAUAUUAAAGAUUUUACCAGCAGAGAUAAAUUUAGAAGAAAUAAAAAAAAUAAUAUAUAGAAAAAAUAAAAACCAACAACCAAAUAUCCAGACAAAUCAACAAUUAAAUAUAACUUCAAAUUUAAAUACCACUAAAAAUUUUGCUGCAUUAGAAAACAGUUCUUAUAAAAAUAAAAAUAAGGAUAAUAAUGAUACAUAUGAUAACACUUUACAGAGAAGUGCCUUAUUAAAUAAUCCAAUUAGUAAUAAUACUAAUAAUGUGAAAAAUGUUCAGGGUGAUAACAAAAAUAAAAAUGUUAACAUGGAAAAGGAAGAUGAUUUUAUAAAUGAUAUAGAUAUAACAUAUUGGGAAUUCAAUUAUGAUGACGAUAAACAAGUGCAGUAUAAUUUUUCUCCUUUACAAGUAUUCUUUUUACAAGAAAUGGAAAGAAUUAAAAAAGUUAUAGAUUUAGUCAAAAUGAAUUUAAAUGAUAUAAUUAGUGCAAUUGAUGGUUCAAAAAUAAUGACAUCUGAUUUACAAAAUGAUACGAAAUAUAUAUAUUCUCAAUGUGUGCCAAAAAAAUGGAUUUAUGACGCUAGUGAAACAGAAAUAUCUUGGGUGUGUCAUAAUUUAAAUCAAUGGCUUAAUAUUCUUAAUUUAAGAUACGAACAAAUAAUGAAUUAUAUUCAUAAUGGUAAAUUAAAAUCUUAUUGGUUACCUGGAUUUUUUAAUCCUCAAGGAUUUUUAACCAGUAUGAAACAAGAAAUUACAAGAUUAAAUAAAAAAGAUCAACUAUCUUUAGAUGAAGUAGUAUUAUAUGCUGACAUAAAAAAUUAUGAUUUAGAGAAAAUAAAAGAAUUUCCUGAACAUGGAUUUAAUAUACAUGGUCUAUUUAUUGAAGGAUCUAAGUGGAAUUGGCAAGAAGGUAAACUAGAAGAAAGUUCACCAAAAGUUUUAUGCGAAAAUAUGCCUGUUAUUCAUAUCACUGUUGUAUCAAAUAAAGAUAAAAAAGUAAAAUUUAUUGAAAAUAAUAAACACAUGUUUUAUAACUGCCCAGUAUAUAAAUAUAAUGUUAGAACUGACAAAUAUUUUAUUUUUAGAAUACAUUUAAAAACCGAUAUUGAUCCUUCUAUUUGGAAGUUAAGAGGAACUUCUUUAUUAUGCUCAAAAGAUUAA